UCCCAGAACUGUCCCGAUUUUCCAGAAAGCGAGCGUGAUGACGUGAUGUCAUGAAAAAGCCCCUAGAGUCCUGCACGCGGCGGGAGGAGGCUCGCGCUCGACUGUCAUUCACGGGACAGAAAGCUUGACUGGAGUCACUGGACGUUAUUACUUUAAGUUAAAUACACGUAGUUGCGGCGUAUAUCUGUUUUAUUUUAUCGUGCGAGAGGACUUAGACACACACAGCACACCCAGAUCCAAGUUUACUUUUGAUAGGGUUGUGACUUGGGAAGUUUCAUUCCCAAGAGAAGUCCUGUCGUGUUUGGUCACACCGAGAAAUAUACGAGGACGCGCUAGUGAAGCCUUUUAACCUUAACAUUCUCUUCAUUUUUUAACGGUUUUGUUUUUUAUCUCAAUUUUUUUUCAUUCGCUUGUGACUUUCUAACGGGAUUUAGACAGUAGCUAGUACGUAAACUAGCUGAGUCCAGUAAAAAUGGGUUUACACCCGUUGGAGUUUAGUGAGUGUUACCUGGACAGCCCUGCUUUCAGGGAGAAAAUCAAAGCUCAUGAAGCCGAGCUGGACAAAACCGGCAGAUUUAUCAAGGAACUAUAUAAAGAUGGCAAGAACCUCAUCAAUGCCACAAAACAACUCUCCCUGGCUCAGAGGAAGUUUGCUCAGUGUUUGGGGGAGUUUAAAUUUGAGUACAUCGGAGAUGCCAAAACUGACGAUGAAAAGUGCAUUGAUGAGUCCCUGCAAGAGUUUUCAUCCUUUCUUAGAAAUUUGGAGGACCAAAGAGAGCUGAUGAUGAGAAACAUCACGGAGACGCUAAUGAAGCCCUUAGAAAAGUUUAGAAAAGAACAGCUCGGCUCAGCAAAGGCAGAGAGAAAGCGGUACGAGAAGGAAACGGAAAAAUACUACAGCUCGCUGGAGAAACUUUUAAACAUGUCAGCAAAGAAGAAAGAACCACAGUUACAGGAGGCAGAUGUGUCAGUGGAUGUGGUGAGGCAGCACUUUCAAGAGUCAUCUCUAGAGUAUGUAUGCAAGCUGCAGGAGAUACAAGAGAGGAAGAAGUUUGAGUGUGUUGAGCCUAUGCUGGCUUUCUUUCAGACUGCGUUUACUUUCUAUCAUCAGGGAUAUGAGUUGGCCAUAGAUUUUGACCAUUACAAAAAAGCCCUUCAAAUCAAUAUUCAAAAUACACGGAAUCGUUUUGAAGGCACACGCUCUGAGGUGAAUGAGUUAAUGAAGAGAAUCAAAGAUUCACCACUGGAGUACAGACAGACAAGCCCUAUUAGCUGCGAGGGCUAUCUGUACAUACAGGAGAAACGACCUCCACCUUUUGGAUCCAGCUGGGUGAAACGAUAUUGCACGUUCGUUAAAGAACAGAAGAUUCUACACAUGGUCACGUUCGACCAGAGAUCAGGAGGAAAACUUGGUGAGACGGACUCUGUCACACUCAAGUCUUGUAUCAGAAAAACCACAGACACGCUCGACAGGAGAUUCUGCUUUGACAUAGAAAUCACAGAUCGACCAGGCACAUUGCUGACUGUCCAGGCACUCUCAGAAGAUGACUACAGAUUCUGGAUACAUGCGAUGGGAGGAAAGGAACAAAUGCAAUAUCUCAACCGGACACAUUCAAGAGAGAGAGGAAUUGAUGCCCAGCUGGAUGACGUGGGGAUAAGCUUUGUGAAAAAUGCCAUUAAUGCCAUUGAAUCCAGAGGUAUUAGUGAUCAGGGUCUGUACAGAGUGGGAGGGGUCAGUUCUAAAGUGCAGAAGCUUCUCUGUUUAAUGAUUGAUGACAAGAGCUGCGACAUAGAUUUAGCAGCCAGUGAGGACUGGGACAUAAAAACCAUCACCAGUGCUUUAAAACUUUACCUGAGGAGCCUUCCAGAGCCACUAAUGACAUAUGAGCUGUAUAAGGAGUUCAUCGUCCCUGCAAAGUGUGGAAGUCCAGAAUCUAGAGUCCAGGCCAUUCACUGUCUGGUUCAUAAACUACCAGAGAAGAACAGAUUAGUGCUCAGUCUGGUUACCCAGCAUCUUGCCAAUGUUGCUGAGAACAGUAAACAGAACCUGAUGACAGUGGCAAAUCUGGGUGUGGUGUUUGGUCCCACACUCAUGAGGCCGCAGGAAGAUACGGUGGCAGCUAUCAUGGACCUCAAGUUCCAGAACAUUGUGGUGGAGAUUCUCAUAGAACAGCAUGAAAAGAUAUUCGGGGAUGCUCCAAGCAUCUCUCCAAACUUAGCAACUACAACCCUCAUCGCGCCAACCCGACAGUCCAAGAAGGUCAGCCGACAGAGUCGCCCGCUGGCUGUGUACAACCCACAGGAGCUGGAUAUUCAAACAGCAGUCUCUCCCUCCUCAGAGAGUGCAGCCCAGGUUAAUGAUGAAACAUCAGCGGGCAGUAAUGAGUCGGUUUCCUCUCAGUCCUCUAACGCCUCUGGAACGCCUCCUGAGAAAUCUAAACAUCCCCACAACAACAUUAACAUGUCUCUACCAGAAAGUACAGGGAUAUGCACUGCCACAGCGUCAUGGAUGAAUUCACCCUCCCCUGCAUCACUCACACCAAUGCAACUCGGAUCAGGGGAAACGGAGAAGAGUAAACUGGAGGAAAGUGUCACCGUCGUGAAAGCGAAGGCUGUGUACCCCUGCGAGGCUGAACACGAUUCCGAACUCUCUUUCCAGGUCGGCGCAAUCUUCCACGACGUGACUCUCUCCAGGGAGCCUGGAUGGCUGGAGGGUGUGCUGGAGGGAAAGCGAGGACUCAUCCCUGAAAACUAUGUGGAGAUACUGUAAUUCAGAGAAGAAAAAUCUCCACACUACACUUAAUAUAUACAUGGUAUCCAUGGUCUCGGUGGCUCUUUUACCAUAACACUGCUCGUCACUCCUCCAACUCCUCCAAGACUUCGAGAAGGGAUAUACUGAAUCUAAAUCUGGAUGUUGGUAGCACAGCUGUCAAGUUCAAAUUUAAGCUACUAUUUGUUGUAUACAUAUAUAAAAAUGCACUUUUGGUCCCCUAGCGGUUACUUAAGAGUUAAGAAAUGUAAAUAUAGUUGGCAUUGGGAACUGUUUUUGGCAUUGUUACUGUUUGUGCUGUCGUCUUUUAAAUUGCAUGCGUAGUUUGGAUUGUCACACGAGUGUCUUUUUUUAUUUCAUAUUAUUAAUGCGUUUAAUUGUGUGGUGAGCAUUAUUAUAUUCGUUCCUUGAUGGUGGAAAUUUGAAAUUAAUAUGUGAUUAGUUUAAAAUUUGUCACAGAUUUGUAUUGAAUUGGUGCAGUGCCUUACGUUAGUUUUGCAUGGCGAGUGUGACGCUGUUCAAAAAUUUGAACGGAGCAAACUUUUAUUGUUUUGUAUUCUCUACAUAAGCUUUAAUGUUUUUAAGUUCAAAAACAAUAAAUGAUAAACAAGUGACUUCUAAUGAAAUUUCACUAAGUCUUACAUCUGUGUCGUCUAUGUAUAUAAUUCUUUUCUUUCAACAACUUCAAAAAGCCAAACACUUUUGUUCACUGAAGUGGUUAAAUGUUUUAAAGUUACCACAUGCUUCACAGUGGCAUGAUUUUACCAAUGUUUAAUGAGAUCACUUUCAUUUUUGUGAGUUUCUGAGGUUCGUGUUUGUAACCAAGCAUCACUGCGGUGAUUCAUAAGACCACUGCAAAUGUCUUGGCAUCAAUUUUGUUUAUGUGAUGUUAUAUCCUGUUGAUCGUUGUUAGUAAGUAAAUAAAGUGUUUAUGUAUUACUUUUUGUUUCUAUUUAUAUCCCACACUAUAAAUAAGGGAAGCCAUGUGCUCCGUGGACCCUCUAAGCUUCCACAACAGCAAUUAAACGUUAUUGUUUAAUGAACAAGAAAGGAAAAGUACAGAGUUUGUCUGUAAAAUGUUUGAAUUGGAAUCUUAUGACAAAUAAAAAAUCUGGCUUUCACCUAAA